AUGAUAGCUGCCUUGGCGUCUCAGAGUCCAGCAGUGGCAGCUAAGGGGGAUGUACUCAAGUCACUCCGUGCGUUCUGCAGCAAGCAUCGACCCUCGUUGGCGGAGUAUGGGAUUCGGUCAAUGGAUCUGUCUCUCGAUCCUACUCGGAGCUUGCGCGAUGUCGUCCUUAUCAAAGUCAAGAGCGUGCCGAAUGCGAGGCGUGCAGAGACAUCAUUCAAGGCGGUGGACGCAGAAGUAGUUUCAACAGACACAUUCGGGUUCGCGCAAGGGGAAGAACUUCGUGGUCAGCUCAAGGACUUCCAUAAUCAACAAAAACGAAUCGGGAAGCUUGGUGGAAUAAUGGUGAUGGUUCUUGACGUAGACACGAAUACGUCCAAUGUUUGUCCAGUGGGAUUCGGGAAGGAUGUCCUUAGAUUGAAAGCAGGUCUGCCUUGGAAGGAGCCAUUGAUACGCACACUGAAUAAGGGCAUCGUUUACUGA